UGCCCCCCUUCCGGUCCCCCUUCCGCAUCGCACCACACCCCUCACCGCCACCCCAAAGUCCCCGGCGACGCUCAGCCUCGACCUCGCCGUCGUUCCAGCCUAGGAUCGCGGCUCUACGGUGACUACUGGAUUGGCCUCCUCGACGGCGAGUGGAGCCAGUCAACCGUCGUUCCGGGCGUUUCGGAUCGCUCCCUCCUGGCGUCCGCUCGGAACCGGGCCGGGCCGCCGUGAAACCCUAGAUUUCGCUGCCCAGCGCACGGCGAUAUCGUGUGGUUCGUGCCCCCUCGCGAUGCCCAUAUAAGGAUACCCCCUCCACCCGAAGCUCUCGACACAACCGCUCUCGCGUUCUAGGGUUUGCGCCGCCUCGAGGAUAAUGGGUGGGCGCACGGUCGUAUCCGACGAUGAAGAAGAUGACUUUGUCGACGGCGAGGAGGAGGAACCGCGGCCGGCGCGGAGGGGCAGGGAUGAUAUCGACGAGCAGGACGAUGACGAGGAGGAAGAGGAGGACGAGGAAGAGGAGGGAGAGAAUGAGUACGAGAAGGAUGGCUUCAUAGUGGAUGAUGCGGAUGAAGAGGAGGAGGAAGAUGAACAGAGGGCAAGUGAUGAUGAGAGACGAAAGAAGAAAAAGAAGAAGAAGAGGGAAUCAGAGGAAUUCAUGCUUGACGAGGAUGACUACAUGUUGCUCCAGGAUAACAACAUCACUGGCAUCACUCGUCCGAAGCCUGCAAACAAAUUUAAGCGCCUGAAGAAGGCAGGAAGGGAAUUUGAAAUGGGUGACCAUUCUGGCUUCUCCGAUGAUGAUGGAUCGGGGAAAAGGCACACUGAUGAGGAGAAAGUCAAGUAUUCAUUGUUUGGUCAGCAUGAUCCCUUUGAGGAGGAUAUUGUUGAGGAGGAGGAUCAGCAGGCAGAGGAAGAUGAGGUUGGUGAAGAUGACAUGGACGAUGAAAUGGCGGACUUCAUUGUGGAUGAAGAGGAAAUUGAUGGGAAUGGCCAAGUUGUGAAAAGGAAGAAGGUUAAAAGGAAGCCUCUACGACAAGCUGCAGGUGUAUCAUCAUCUGCAUUGCAAGAGGCGCAUGAUAUAUUUGGGGAUGUCGAUGAGUUAUUAGCACUUAGAAAGCAAGAGCUUGAAAGGGAUGCUUUUAAUUCUGGUGAGUUGAGAGGGAACCGGCUUGAAGAUGAGUUUGAGCCAUUUAUUCUCGCAGAGAAGUAUAUGACAGCAAAAGAUGAGCAAAUAAAAGAAAAUGAUGUACCUGAGAGGAUUCAGCUGUCUGAAGAAUUGACUGGCAAUAUCCGGGACGACGAAACAAAGAGAGAGGAAGAAAGUGUAUGGAUACACAACCAACUCACUGGUGAUGGAUUUCUGUCAUUUUUUGGCAAUGAGCCAGUGAACAGGGAGAUUCAGCAGAAGGACAUCGUGAAUGUCUUGACCAUGCUACAUGUCAACAAAUUUGAAAUUCCAUUCAUUGCAAUGUAUAGGAAGGAAAAUUGCCUGAGCCUGCUGGAAGACUAUGAUGCUGAUGAACAUGAGAAUGAAGAAGUUCCACGUAAAAUGAGGUGGCAUAAGCUGCUCUGGGCUGUUCAGACCUUAGACAGAAAGUGGCUACUUCUUCAGAAGCGCAAGCUUGCUUUGCAGAUUUACUAUGACAAACGAUUUGAUGAUGAAAAACGGAGAAUAGAUGAUGUUACUAGGCAGUCAUUGAAUCGACAACUUUAUCACUCUAUCAUUGAAGCACUAAAGGAAGCAAAAUCUGAGAAAGAGGUCGAGGAUGUCGAUGCAAAAUUCAAUUUACAUUUCCCUCCUGGUGAAGUUGAAGAAGAAGGUCAAUUUAAGCGACCAAAAAGGAAAUCCUUGUACAGUAUUUGUCACAAGGCAGGGUUGUGGGAGGUUGCUAACCAAUUUGGCCGUAGUGCAGAGCAAUUAGGACACCAUCUAACUUUAACAAAGAUACCUGAAGCGGGUGAGCUUGACAGUGGGAAAGAUUCUCCAGAAGAUGUUGCUGCAAAUUUCACAUGUGCAAUGUUUGAAACACCACAAGAUGUUCUUCGGGGUGCCAGACACAUGGCAGCAGUGGAGAUUGGUUGUGAGCCUAUUGUAAGAAAGCACAUCAGGAGUAUCUUCAUGAAUAAAGCUGUUGUCUCAACAAGCCCCACACCUGAGGGCAAUUUGAUCAUAGAUGCUUACCACCAACUAUCAGGCUUCAAGUGGCUUGAAGAGAAACCACUAAACAAGUUUGUAGAUGCACAAUGGCUUCUUAUUCAGAAAGCAGAAGAAGAAAAGCUCCUCAAGGUUACCAUAGAAUUACCAGAAGGUGCAAAGAAAGAGCUCAUAGCUGAGGCUCGUGAGAAUUAUCUAAGUGACUGUGUCAGCAAGUCUGCACAACUGUGGGAUGAGCAACGGAAGAUGAUACUGGAUGAUGCCUUCUUGACAUUCCUUCUUCCAUCAAUGGUAAAGGAAUCUCGUUCGCUGUUGACAGCAAAAGCCAAAAGUUAUCUCCAUAUGGAAUAUGGGAAACAGUUAUGGGACAAAGUUUCUGUUGCUCCUUGGAAGAAGAAGGACGCCGACAAGAAGGAUGCUGACAUUGAUAUGGAUGAUGAAUCAGAGUUGAGGGUUAUGGCCUGCUGCUGGGGUCCUGGGAAGCCAGCAACCACUUUUGUAAUGUUAGACUCGUCAGGAGAAUUGGUUGAUGUUCUAUAUGCUGGUUCUAUUAGUAUUAGAUCUCAAGGUGUUUCUGAGCAGCAGCGGAAGAAGAAUGACCAGCAACGAGUUCUGAAGUUUAUGACUGACCAUAGCCCGCAUGUUGUAUGUGUAGGAGCAUCAAAUUUGAAUUGCAGACAACUCAAGGAUGAUAUUUAUGAGGUUAUUUUUAAAAUUGUAGAAGACCAUCCAAGGGAUGUGAAUCCGCAAAUGGAAAAUUUUAGCAUUGUCUACGGUGAUGAAUCCGUGCCUCGCUUGUACGAGAAUUCUCGAAUAUCUUCAGAUCAGCUGCCUGGCCAGUCAGCUAUCGUGAAGCGUGCUGUGGCGCUUGGUCGGUACUUGCAGAAUCCUUUGGCGAUGGUUGCUACACUCUGUGGACCUGGGAAAGAGAUACUGUCAUGGAAACUACACCCCCUUGAGCACUUCCUUACUCCUGACGAGAAGUAUGAAAUUGUUGAGCAAGUAAUGGUCGAUGCGACAAAUCAGAUUGGUUUUGAUGUUAAUCUUGCUGCUAGCCAUGAGUGGCAUUUUUCCACUUUACAGUUUGUUGCUGGUCUGGGACCACGCAAAGCUUCAGCUUUGCAGAAGGAGUUGGUAAGGGAGGGAUCCAUUUUUAGUCGCAAGGAGCUGGUGAAACCUCUAGGCAGGAAAGUAUUCAUGAAUGCGUCUGGCUUUUUACGUGUCCGACGAAGUGGUGCAGCUGCAGCAAGUGCUCAAAUUAUUGAUCUUCUUGAGGAUACAAGGAUCCAUCCUGAAUCAUAUGCAUUAGCAAAGAAUUUGGCCAAGGAUGUCCGUUCCGAGGAUUCAAAUGAAGUGAAUGAAAUGGAUGACGAUGAACAAGAGAUGGCUAUUGAGCACGUAAGAGAAAGGCCAACUUUGCUCAGAAAUCUUAAAAUUCCUGAAUACAUGGAAAGUAUUUCGGAGGAGUUCCGUAAAAGGCAAACAUUGGUUGACAUAAAGAUGGAACUACUGAGUGGUUUUUCUGACUGGAGGACCCCGUAUGCUGAGCCAAGUCCAGAUGAGGAAUUCUGGUUGCUUUCUGGUGAAACUGAGGAUAACAUAUCAGAUGGAAGGACUGUUCAAGUAACUGUUCGUAACAUACAAGAGAACCGAAUAAUAUGCACCUUUGAUUCUGGUUUGAAAGCCAUAGUUAUGGGAGACAACUAUUCUGAUGACGUGGCCUUUGAUGCAGAAUCACUGCAGCUACAUGAAGGUGAUGUAUUAACUGGCAAAAUUAAAAAUGUUAAUAAAAAUAGGUUCAUAGUUUACCUAACAUGCAAGGAGAGUGACAUGAAGCGAAGACCAUUCACCAGAAAUAAUCAUGACCCAUUCAAUCAUGAAAAACACAUUGUUCCAAACAAGGAUGAUAAGGCUCGGAAAGAAAAGGAACUCGCAAAGAAACUUUUCAAACCCCGUAUGAUAGUUCAUCCUCACUUUCAGAACUUGACAGCUGAAGAAGCAAUGCAGUUCUUGGGAGACAAAGAGCCUGGUGAGAAGGUCAUUCGGCCUAGUCUCAAGGGCCCAUCAUUUCUAACACUUACAUUGAAAAUAUUUGAUGGUGUCUUUGCACACAAGGAGAUAACUGAAAGUGGAAAGGAUCAUAAAGAUAUUACAAGUUUGCUUCGCCUUGGAAAAACACUCACCAUUGGUAAUGAAUCUUUUGAAGAUCUUGAUGAGGUAAUAGACAGAUAUGUGGAUCCGUUGGUUGGCAACUUGAAAAGCAUGCUGUCUUAUCGCAAAUUCAGGAAAGGGUUAAAAGGUGAAGUUGAUGAUGCGUUAAGGGCAGAGAAGGCAGAGAAUCCUAUGAGAAUAGUAUAUUGUUUUGGCAUAUCUCAUGAGCACCCAGGCACCUUUGUAUUAUCUUACAUUAGGAGUACAAAUCCACAUCAUGAGUAUGUCGGGUUGUUCCCAAAGGGCUUCAGAUUUCGGAAGCGAGAUUUUGACAGCAUUGAUCGCCUUGUGUCAUAUUUCCAGAAACAUAUUGACAAACCGCCACCUGAUGCUGGUCCUCCAAUGCGAAAUGUUGCUGCAAUGGUUCCAAUGAAAAAUUCAUCUUGGGCUUCUGGUGGUGCUGGUGGUGCAAAUGAUGGAUGGAGGGGAGAUGGUGAUAAUGAUAGGGACAGGCCAUUCUCUGGAAGAACAGGAGGCAGGUUUGAUUCAAGGAACAGUUCUGGUGGCCGUGGGCGUGGGCGCGGGCGUGGCCGAGGUAACUUUGGAAAUGAUGGUGGUGGCGACAACAGUGGUGGAUGGACUGAUAACAUUGGCGGUGGCAGCGGCGGAUGGGGCACAGGUGGAGGAUCUGGAGGCGGGGAUGCUGGAUGGGGUGGCGGGGGUGGCGACAGCAACCGUGGCGGUGGCUGGGGUGCAGCUGCUGCUACCUCUGAUGGCGGUGACGGAGGCUGGGGAGGAGCAGCUCCUGGUGGCAAUGGUGCUGCUGGUAACGACGACUCGGGAUGGGGCAGCGCCAAAAAGGCAGCCCCAGCGCAGGAUGGGUGGGGUGGCGCAAGUGGGGGUUGGUGAAUGGUGUGCCGUGCCUGCAUACACCACCGGAGAAACUGUCGGAUGGAAGUUCUUUUCUGUUUGAAUCCUGUUAUGGUUCUGUUUACUAUUGUCGAUGGGAAACAUUGCCACUAUUUCCCGACUUGCUAUGCUGUUCCAUUAUUAAGGAGACAUGCUAAACUGCUAGUUGCUGCCGGUCUUGAUUUUACAUGUACAGUUUUCAUACAUUUGGUGUCUUAUUUCUUGCCAGCACUUCGGUUUUCCAGUGA